AUGGCACGCCUUUCUUUCAGUACUGGAAUACGGCUGGAGCUGUUCUGGCUCUAUUUAUUUCUCCUGUGGACGACUGCAACAGCCCAGACUCGCUACACAAUACCGGAGGAGCUGAGCGUGGGAUCUGUUGUUGGGCGGAUUGCAAAGGACCUUGGUUUGGACCUAAGUGAAAUUUCUGAGCGUAAACUGCGAGUAGCUUCAGAGGAUGGGCAUUUCUCCGUGGAUUUAGGAAAGGGGGAUUUGGUGGUAAGCGAUAGAAUCGACAGAGAGGAACUGUGUAGUCACAGCAAUAGCUGUAUGAUACCAUUAGAGGUUAUAAUUGAGAACCCUCUUCAGCUUUACAGGGUUGAAGUCGAAAUUCAGGAUAUUAAUGACAAUUCUCCCAGUUUUCAGUCAAAGGAGCACGCAUUGAAAAUAGCGGAAUCAACUGCUCCCGGCGUGCGCUUUUCAUUGGAGAGUGCACAGGAUCCUGAUGUGGGAACUAAUUCAUUAAAAUCAUACACGUUGAGCAAAAACGACCAUUUUAAAUUAAAUGUUAAAGACCUAGGAGAUGGAAGAAAAGUCCCUGAGCUAGUCCUAGAUAAAUUAUUAGACCGUGAAAAGCAAGCAGUCCAUCAUUUAUUACUCACUGCCUUAGAUGGAGGCAAUCCUGCCAAUUCUGGAACAUCACAAAUCGUAAUAACAGUCCUCGACAACAAUGAUAACAACCCAGUCUUUGAUAGCGCAUUGUACAAGGCUACUGUUAGAGAAAACAGUUCAUUAGGCACGUCCGUUCUGAAAGUAGAAGCAACCGAUUUAGACGAAGGUUCUAACAGUGAAAUUACAUAUUCGUUUGGUGAACACACCUCUGACUCCGUGCGUUCUGUAUUUCAAAUAGAAUCCCAAACUGGUCAAAUAUCACUAAAUGGGGUGAUUGACUAUGAGACCACCCCAACCUUUAGAAUAACUGUCACUGCCAGAGACAAAGGAAUUCCAGAAAUGGAGGGUGAAACCACCGUUCAGAUAGACGUGGCUGACGUGAAUGACAACCCCCCGGAGAUUGUCCUCACCUCACAGCCGAGCCCGGUAAGGGAAGACGUGCCAAACGGGACUGUUGUGGCACUGAUUAGAGUGCGGGACCCGGACACAGGCGACAACGGAAAAGUCAGGGUGAAUAUUCAGCCCAAAUUGCCCUUUACACUGAAGCCAUCGUUUUCCAAUAAUUACGCAUUGGUGACUAGUGGGCCUUUGGACCGAGAGAAAUAUGCUGAAUACAAUAUAGAGAUAUCUGCCUCGGACUUGGGUUCACCUCCCCUCUCUAGCCAUCGAGUUAUACCAGUGAGAAUACUGGAUGUGAAUGAUAAUGCACCCAAGUUUUCUCAGCCCGAGUAUAACGUUUAUGUAUUUGAGAACAACACACCCGGCUCCAUCAUUUAUUCUGUUUCUGCGUCUGACGCAGACAUUGGGGAGAACGCAAAGAUAACCUACUCUGUAUUAGAAUCCAAAGUUCAGGAUGUCCCGGUCGCAUCCUAUGUCUACAUGAAUUCGGAUAAUGGUAGUAUAUUUAGCAUGAACGCGUUUGAUUACGAGAAAACAAAGGUGUUCCAGAUCUUAGUACAGGCUAAAGACCAGGGUUCCCCACCUCUUACCAGUAACGCCACAGUCCAUGUCUUUAUUCGGGACCAGAACGACAAUGUCCCCUUUGUCAUCUACCCCUCUGCGAGCAUGGGCUCUGUGUCUCACCAGAGGAUGCCCCGCUCUGCUAAAAUGGGGCACCUCGUUACCAAGGUAACAGCUGUGGACGCAGACUCGGGCCACAACGCCUGGAUUUCCUAUAGACUGGCGGAAGCUACAGACUCGUCUCUGUUCGCUGUCAAUCUUUACACUGGAGAGGUGAGGACUAAACGCUCUGUUUCAGAGCAGGAUGACGCCUCUCAGAGACUGCUCAUAGAGAUCAAGGACAAUGGAGAGCCAGUGCAGUCCACCACAGUCACAGUGGACAUACUCAUAGAGGACGGACUGCACGAACCCGUCUCUGAUUUCAGACAGAAAGCCUCAGAAAAAGACAAGAAAAACAGUAAAAUUACAUUUUACUUGAUUCUAUCUCUAGCAUCAGUGUCAGUUUUGUCACUGCUGACAUUUUUUAUUCUUGUAAUCAAAUGCGCAAGAGACAGUCGUGGCAACACUGGUUGCUGCAUCAGAAGAGAUUCUGAUGGCUAUAAGAAUCCCAACAGAAACCUACAGAUCCAGCUCAACACUGACGGGCCUAUUAAGUAUGUGGAGGUUCUGGGGGGAGACAUGAUGUCACAGAGUCAGUCGUUUGGCUCCUACCUGUCUCCAAUGUCGGAGUUCAGUGACUUAACAAUGGUCAAGCCUAGUAGCACACUGGAUUUCAAGGACACGCUGCGUGGGCUGGACGCGUCAUUGCCAGACAGCGCGUGGACUUUUGAGUGCCAGCAGGUGAGACAAUAG